AUGGCUCCAGAGCAAAAGACCCAGCUGGUGAAAGAACUGCGGAAACUCAAGUAUAGAGUGGGUAUGUGUGGAGAUGGGGCCAACGACUGCGGGGCUUUGAGAGCUGCCGACGUGGGGAUUUCCCUGUCGGAGGCCGAGGCGUCUGUGGCUUCACCGUUCACCUCAAAGAUCCAGAACAUAAGCUGUGUCCCGCUGCUCAUAAGGGAAGGCCGGGGGUCUCUGGUCACAUCCUUCAGUCUCUUCAGAUACAUCGCUCUGUACAGCCUCAUCCAGUUCUGCUCUGUCCUCAUUCUCUACACGUUGAAGACCAACCUGGCAGACCUGCAGUUUCUGUUCUUUGACUUGGUUCUUGUCACUGUUCUGGCAAUUGUAAUGGGAAAAGGAGGCCCAAGCAAUGAGCUCCAUACGACCAGACCACCUGCUAGUUUAUGGUCUCUUCCGGUCUUGGGGAGCCUUCUCAUCCACACUUUUCUCAUCAUUCUGGCACAGUCAGGAGCAAUUCUCUUCACUAGAGCACAGGAUUGGUACGUCCCACUCAAUGGAACUCUGCCCGGGGAAGACAACUGGCCCAACAUCGAGGACACCUGUCUGUUCGCGGUGUCUGGAUUCCAGUACAUCUUUAUAGCUGUCGUUGUUACAAAAGCUCAUCCUCACAAGAAACCUCUUUACUAUAACGUGUGGUUCCUGGUGCUGCUCGUGCUCUUCUCUGGGCUCAUGGCGUGGCUGGUCAUGUACCCUCUGCCUUUCAUGAGACGUUUCUUGUCUCUCUACAACAUCGAGGACUUGAGCUACAAGUUUGUGCUUGUUGGUUUGUCCGCGUUGAACUUCUUCACCUGUUUGAUGAUGGAGAUGCUGGUAGACAUGGGCCUUCUAAACUGUCUGCGUCUGCUGCGAGGGAGACGUCCAUCUAAGAAACCAUACAAACGGCUGGAGACUGCGCUCUUAGACUCUCCAUCAUGGCCCCCGCUGAACCAAACCCUCCAGAGACCUGUCCACCUCCGAGACCUGUCCACCUCCGGGACCAGUUCAUCUCUGAGACCAGUCCACCUCCGAGACCAGUCCACCUCCGGGACCAGUCCAUCUCUGAGACCAGUCCACCUCCGGGACCAGUCCAUCUCUGAGACCAGUCCACCUCCGGGACCAGUCCACCUCCGAGACCUGUCCACUUCCGAGACCUGUCCAUCUCCAACAGACCUGUCCACCUCAGAGACCAUCCACCUCAGAGACCAGUCCACCUCCGAGACCUGUCCACCUCCCACAAACCUGUCCACCUCUGAGACCAGUCCACCUCUGAGACCAGUCCACCUCCGAGACCUGUCCACCUCCAACAGACCAUCCAUCUCUGAGACCUGUCCACCUCCCACAAACUUGUCCACCUCUGAGACCAGUCCACCUCUGAGACCAGUCCACCUCCGGGACCAGUCAACCUCUGAGACCAGUCCACCUCCCACAGACCAGUCCACCUCUGAGACCAGUCCACCUCCCACAGACCUGUCCACCUCCCACAGACCUGUCCACCUCCCACAGACCUGUCCACCUCUGAGACCAGUCCACCUCCCACAGACCAGUCCACCUCCCACAGACCAGUCCACCUCCCACAGACCAGUCCACCUCCCACAGACCAGUCCACCUCCCACAGACCAGUCCACCUCUGAGACCUGUCCACCUCCCACAGACCAGUCCACCUCCCACAGACCAGUCCACCUCCCACAGACCUGUCCACCUCUGAGACCAGUCCACCUCCACAGACCAGUCCACCUCCCACAGACCAGUCCACCUCCCACAGACCAGUCCACCUCCCACAGACCUGUCCACCUCUGA